AUGGAAUGCGCGAACAGAUUAGAUGAAACAAGACGAUACAAUACAGGAUACAGGACCAAGUUGCAUGUAAACCCGUCCGUCGGUGUCCCAAGUUCCAUGCCCUGCCGCCGGCGCGUUCAAUCCACCACGGGGGACAACGACCGUCGUCGUGUUACGAGAAGUCGUGUCAACUUUGCGAUUCGCUACACUAUGCAUCGACAACAGAGGCUUCGAUCGGUAUCGUCGUCUCCUUCGUCGUUAUCGUUGCCGUUCUCAACGUCUCGAUCAUCCGUGUCGAGCGUCUUGCUGUUGUCAGCGCCGACGUCGACAUCGACGUCCGUGCCGACGCCGACGGCGACAACGACCACUACUACUUCGACGUCAUCGGCCGUCUUAUCGCCGCCGUCAUCGACGUGGUUACCUUCGAAGUUGUCGCCGUCGCCGCCGCCGUAUGUUUGGAACGUGCAGCAGACGUCCUGUUCGAGCCUAUCUUUGUUAUCGAACGAGUCGUCGACUUCGUCCUCGUCGAUACCAGUACCAUGCCCGAGACUUGUCUCUGUUCUGGCUUGGUCGGUGACGCUGUUACUCGUGGCGUCGUGCGUCGGUUUAACCGACGCUGGAAUCCUAAACGGACAUCCUUUGGGUAAAAGAUCCUUCAUCGACAUUCAAUGCAAGGGUAUAUACGACAAGAGCAUCUUCGCCCGAUUGGACCGUAUCUGCGAGGAUUGUUACAACUUGUUUCGUGAACCCCAGCUACAUCAACUAUGCAGGCAAGGUUGCUUUGGUACGCAAUACUUUACAAGCUGUAUUCAAGCGUUGCUGCUUGAAGAUGAGAAGGAAAAGUUCCAGGAGAUGGUCGAGUACCUAGGAGGUAACAAGUAAAGAGAAAAGGAUUACGAACGGCCGUUUCAUCGCGAACACCAUUCGUUUGCAACAUCCGCGAUGAACGAUUCCAACGAAACCGAUCGAGAACGAGGAGGGAAACGAGAAGCCAGCGAUUUCUGGGAAACAAUCUUGACGAUUGUACA